UUCAUUUAAAUAAGUUUUCCCAUACAGUUUUUAAUCAUAAAGCUUCCUUAAAUUCUGCAUUUUCAUUGCUAUUCAAGUAAAAAUCCAAUUUGAAAUGAGUGACAUAAAAAUUUUCUUUACAAAUUUGGAAAAACUUUUAAGGACAGAUGAUAAUACAGGAUCUAUUUUUUCUAUCCUCAAGAAUGAGCAAGAUAACCUAAAAACCUUCACCCAAUUGUCUGAUUUUUUGGAUAAAAUAAUCAAUGAAAUCGAUCAAUUAGCAAGUGAAAUAAAAAGAAAUGACAAUAUUCUCGUUAGUGUUAAGGACCAAAAGCUGUUAAGGACCUGUUUUCAAGUUGUAAUUUCAUUAGGAGUUUGUCCUUGCUUACUACCAGGAUUGGGAGUGAGCUUAAACAAAAGAUGUGCCACAGCAGAUUAUUUGCCGACCCUCAACUUGGACGAUGAAACAAAGUAUGAAAUUCUUAAAAGGUGUACAAAUUUCAUUUAUAGGAGCUAUGACAUUCCAGUGCUAAAAAAUAUAAUACUGACAUUUCAUUUAUCAGACUAUUUAGCUGCACUUAUACAAUUAGCAUUUGCACCGCUGAAAAAGCCCGGUACCUACCCAAAUUAUGUUAUGACUGAAAAAAUGUAUAACAAAUUUAUAGAAGAAAAACAGGACUACAAAAGUAAAUAUGAAUUUUUGGUCAAAAACUGUUUUCAACCGAUGCUAAUGAAAGAGUUACUAGUGCUCCAAAAUGUAACUGAUGUACAACCACCAGCAUUUGCAAAAAGAGUAAUCGCUAAAGAGAUGAGUCAAAGGCUUACUGCUCCAGGAGGCUUACUCAGUCUUAUAAGAUGUUUUCUGGAAUGUCAUAACUUAGAUACUGGACUAGAAUGGAAGAAAAUUGAUAUGAUAUGUAGAAUUGUCUCCACAAAGCAUGGUAAUCUGAAUGAAAAUGAUUACAUUGCUAACAUUUGUGGCCAACUAAAACAGAUACUCAGUUUGAACAAUGCUCAAUAUCUAACUACUGCCACUUCCUGCCUUCUAAGUUUAUAUGAAAAAUAUAGUGACAAUGACCUCGUUAAGGACCUAACUGUGGCUACAUUCAAGCCAUUUAAUUAUGAUUUGCUCCUCAAAAGGUGCAACCAACCUGGGACUAUUAUACUCUCACCUCAAGAUAUUGAGCAUCAUGUGCAACUUUUACAUUCCACUAUUAACAUUUGCAAGUCUGAUUCAUAUUUGAAACUACUGUCAAGUAACCUAUAUGUUCUAUAUUUCUUAAGCUUAAAAUGUAACAAAGAGGAGACAAAAGUUAAAAUAAAGGAAAUCAUUAUAAAGGGUCUCGAAUGUUUAGAUCAAAAAGAGAUCAAAGAUAUCAUAGUUCAAGUUCUUUUUGGACUUGGCAUGGAAGGUUCUACCAAUAUUUUUGUUGAAACAUAUGAAGCAGGGCUGGCAAUAAAACUUGUGUCAGAUGAUACGGAAUAUCCAACAGAUAAAGCUGUACAGAUGUUUAUAGAACUUUUUAAUGUAAUAAAUAAUGAUGCAGUAGUUUCUAAUUUGUUCCAAGCUACAAUUUACUUAUUUAUGAAUCUAAGUGACAAAAAGAAGAUUGCAAGUGAUAGAGAAACAUUAAUGACUUUGGAAGAUGUACCUAUAUUAGUAAACAGUAUUGAUGAGCAGUAUAUGAAUAUUUUACACAUUUUGUCAGAAAUAUCUUCCUCAAAAAAAGUUUUGAGCACACUGAAAACGAACCCAGUAGUUGUUGUCGACUUUGUAGAAAAUUUAAUUCUCAAAAAUGCUUUUUCGAGCAACAAUGAAUGUGUCACUGUAGCCUUAGUGCUCUUAAACACGAUUUUAGCUAAUACUGACAAAGCAAGCAAUAUUAAAGAUAAACUGCAUACAUUGCUUCCAUUUUUAAGAAAAAUGGCUAGCAAUCAAUCAAAUUUAUUGAGUAUUUUGUGUAAGGAGACAGUGUCGUUGAUUUUAUCUGAAUAUCCGAAACCGAUGGAAUCUGCAUAUCAAAAAGCACUAGAGAAUGUUUACGAUGACCUGCUUCCUGUAAGAGCUCAUGGUGUCAUGGAACUAACUAAAUUAAUAGACGCCAAUGAUCCAGAAACAAUAACCAAACGGCAUUUUGUAUUUUGUCUUUUUCAGGAACAACUGAAAGAUAGUGAUUCAUAUUUGUAUUUAUCUGCAAUCAAUGGAAUAUCAUCUCUGGCUACACACUGUACUGACGAUGUUAUAGGGGUAUUGUGUGAGGAGUUUUGUGGGAUGACCAUUGAAGACAACAUGAAAACAAUGGAUCAAGAAAAUAAGAUUGCUGAGUUAAGGAUGAAGAUUGGAGACAUAAUUGUAAAAGUGACAAGACGCCUUGGUGAAAUGGCGAUUGUACAUAAAAAUAUCCUGUUGAACACUAUGCUAUGUGGAUGCAGAGACCAAGACCCUCUCAUCAGAGCUUCGGCGUUAUCGAACUUAGCUGAAAUUGCUUUGGUGCUACACUAUAGAAUUGGAACUAUAAUAUACGAGAUUCUACUCUGCGUUUGGAAUAUCAUAGAGUCGGACCCGGCGGUCGAAUGUCGGCGGGCAGCGGUGAUGAUUAUUACGAGUUUGUUGAAAGGCCUAGGCAAGGAUGCAUUGAUUGAACUGAAGGAAAACAUACUUCCCAUAUACAGAACGCUCAACAAACUGUAUAAAGACGAAAAUGAGGAUUCUGUUCUUCGAUUGCACGCGCAGCUAGCCCUCGAAGAAAUAAACGAUAUUGUUAAACAGUUUAUCGGUAACGAACUACCAAUGGAAAAGCAAUUCUCGUUAUUAAAUGAAAGUGAGAUUAAGUUUAAAUAAAACUAUUAAUAAUUUUA